AUGAACGAAAAUGAAACGAAAAAAAGAAUUCGUAAUUGUGUUUUUAACGAUGAAUGGUUAAAAGAUCAAAUAUUUUCUGAUUGGAUCGCUAAACACAAUAACCCUAAUAAAGCACGAUGUAUAUUAUGUCAGACAGUUUUUAGUGUUAAGUAUGAUGGCGUUAAAGCUGUAAAAACACAUCAAGAAUCAAAAAAACAUGAAGAAUCCGUCAAUUCUAUAAAUAAAUCGUCCACUAUAAAAAAGUUUUUUCCUACAAAGAAUGAUAAAGAUGAAGACAAAAUAGCAGCCGUUGAACUGAGUAAGUGUUUUCAUGUAGUUAAACACCAUCAAAGCUAUCUUUCCAGCGAUUGUGGAGUAAAAUUAGAGUCGAAACAUUUCUCAGAUUCAACGAUAGCUAAUAAAGUCCACCUGGGUAGAACGAAAAUGGAAGCUAUCGUCAAAAAUGUACUAUGUCCGUUCGCUAUUGAAAAAGCAGUAAUAAAACUCAAAUGUCCUACUCCUAUUCCCUUUUCUAUAUCUACAGACGCUUCAAAUAAGGGAAAUAGAAAAUUUUUUCCAUUAGCGGUUAGGUUAUUUAAUUUUGAAGACGGAGUGAAAGAUUACCUUUUAGACUUUUACGAGGAACCAAACGAAUCUUCACAGUCAAUUUUUGACACGAUUACUUCUGCAAUUGAAUCUCUUGGCUUAGAUAUAAAAAAUAUAACAGCUUUUGGUGCCGAUAAUGCCUCUGUUAAUUAUGGAAAACAUUCAAAGCAUUCCAUGAAAGUUAUAAAAUACGAUGUAGAAACGUUGGUAUUAAAAGUUUUUAAUGAAUUUUCUAUGAGCUCCAAAAGAGUAGAUGAACUUAAAGAAUGUUUCGAAUUUGUACAACAGGACUAUCAUAAUGUAUUGCGACAUAUUCCGGUGAGAUGGCUGAGAAAAAAUGAAUGUGAUAAAAUCAUAUGGACAUUUAUUGAAGAUCAGAAAAAUGAACUUUCUGAACAGUUAACUUUAAGAGAAUGUUACAUUUGUUUAAGAUCUCAAAUUUUAAAUCGUAAAAAUGAUAAUUUCUUUGGAAUUGCAGUAACUACACGAUUACCUAAUCUUACUAGCAAAGAAAACGAUGCAUUUAAAUCUGAUGCUCUACAUACUUACAAACGUGCAUUAGAAUACCUCGAAAAAUGGUUUGAUUAUGAAAACUCUCCAUUCAAAAUGUUUUCGUGUUUGAAAUUAAGUGAAUUACCUAAAUUAACAGAUUUACUCGAUCUGGCCAAAUUAAUUAAGGUUCAUGUCAAUGGAGAUGAACUGUAUGAAGAGCUUAAUUUGAUAAAGUUAUUACCAAAUGAUAUCCUAAAUAACACAGAAUUCACUAGUUCGGAAAAAUGGGUAAAAUUUUUCCAAUCAUCUACUGCACAAUUAAAAAAUAUUAAACAAAUUGUACAGUAUGUAUUCUCGGUGCCGUGUAGCAAUGCAUUUGUUGAACGCGUUUUUAGCCACAUGAAUAGUUUGUGGACAGAUGAGCGCAAUCGAUUAGGAAUUGAUACAGUUAAAGCCGAACUAGUCAUAAGAAAUAACAUAACAUACAAUUGUUCAGAGUUUUUUGAUCAAAUACAAAAUGAAAAACAUUUAUUAAACGCCGUGAAAAAUGCCGCUAAAUAUAAAUUUAAAAAAGAAGAAAAAUUAUCUAUGCACAGUUUGCUUGAAGCAUUAACAACAUCAAAGUUAAAUGAUUCAUUUCCCAAUGUGGAAAUAGCUUUAAAACUUUUUGUAUCUAUACCAUGUUCAAAUGCUAGCGGAGAGAGAUCAUUCUCAGUUUUAAAGAGAGUGAAGAACUACCAAAGAACAUCAUUAUCUAAUGAAAAAAUGUCAUCCUUGGCUCUAAUGUCUAUUGAGAAUUGUGUUCUACAAAGUAUGGAUUGGAAUGGUUUUAUCAAAGAAUUUUCUGCACAAAAAGCUAGAAAAAAGUUGUAA